AUGAGUGAACAUGAGCAAAGAAAAGCCGGGUCCCACCUGGCUGAUCCCACCUGGCUGAUCCCACCUGGCGGGUCCCACCUGGCGGAUCCCACCUGGCUGGUCCCACCUGGCGGGUCCCACCUGGCGGGUCCCACCUGGCGGAUCCCACCUGGCGGAUCCCACCUGGCUGAUCCCACCUGGCGGAUCCCACCUGGCGGGUCCCACCUGGCGGAUCCCACCUGGCUGAUCCCACCUGGCGGGUCCCACCUGGCGGGUCCCACCUGGCGGGUCCCACCUGGCGGGUCCCACCUGGCUGGUCCCACCUGGCUGAUCCCACCUGGCGGAUCCCACCUGGCUGAUCCCACCUGGCGGAUCCCACCUGGCGGAUCCCACCUGGCGGAUCCCACCUGGCGGAUCCCACCUGUUCCUGUUGGGAGAAAUCAGUUCUGCCCUGAAAUGCAGGGCAGGCGAAAGGCUCAGCCCACACCGGGGGUCCUAAGAGCCGGGAGGGCUGCGGGCGUGCCAGCCCUCCUCCGGGGCCGCAAGGGCUCCGUGGACAUGGCAGGCCCGCCAGCCCUCCUUUGGGGCUGCGGGGCCCGGCGGACACGGCCCCCAGUGGACACAGGGCCCCGGGGGUGCCCCGUCCCCAGGGGCCUGUCCCACGCCCUCUCCGGUGUCCUGCCCCGCACCCUGUCCCCCGCCCCGAACCCUACCGGGUGCCCUGACCCCAGGACCCUGUUCCACGUCCUGAGCGGCGUCCCGUCGCUCACGCUGCCCCCCGCCCUGCACCUUCUCGGGGGCCCGGACCCCAGGGGCCUGUCCCGGGGCCUGAGCGGCGCCCCACCCGCCCACCCUGCCCCCCGCCCCGCACCUUCUCGGGGGGGCCUGUCCCGCGCCCUGAGCGGCGCCCCGCCGCCCACCCUGCCCCCCGAUGCGCACCUUCCCGGAUGCCCGGACCCCAGGGGCCUGUCCCGCGCCCUGCCCCCCGAUGCGCACCUUCCCGGGUGCCCGGACCCCAGGGGCCUGUCCCGCGCCCUGCCCCCCGAUGCGCACCUUCCCGGGUGCCCGGACCCCAGGGGCCUGUCCCGCGCCCUGCCCCCCGAUGCGCACCUUCCCGGGUGCCCGGACCCCAGGGGCCUGUCCCGCACCCUGUCCCCCGCCCCGCACCUUCCCGGGUGCCCGGACCCCAGGGGCCUGUCCCGAGCCCUGUCCCCCGAUGCGCACCUUCCCGGGUGCCCUGACCGCAGGGGCCUGUCCCGCGCCCUGAGCGGCGCCCCGCCGCCCACCCUGCCCCCCGCCCCGCACCCCGCCUGGUGCCGAGUCCCCCCGCAGCCCCGGCGCUCAGCCCCCCGCCCCGCGCCCCGGGCCCUGCUCAGCACCCGGCCCAUCGCUGUGCCUCUCGCUCACUGCCCGGCCCCCGCGCCCUGUCCCCCGGCCUGCGCCCUGCCCGUGGUCCGUCUCCGUGCCCUGUCGCCGACCCAGUGCCCCGCGCCCGGGCCCGCGCCCCGCUUCCCACCCUGGGCCUUCUUCCGCAGGUUGUGCCCCGCCGGGUCCCGCGCGCCCGGCCCCUCUCCGAGCCCCGGCCCCUGCGCCCUGUCCCUGCUGCACAACCUGUCCCCGGCUCUCCCUCCACGCCCUGCCGGGGGCCCCGCACCGGGCGCCGAGCCGCCUCGCUCCGGUCCUGCCCCACUCCCGGCCCCCCGGCGGGAGCCCCGGCCUGGGGCGCUGGUGCGGAGCCGCCCGCCCCGGCCCCUGACGCGGGCCCGGAGCUGCCCGCCGCGCUCCGCACCGGCAGGGAGCCCCCCGGUGGCCGCUCCGAGCCAGGACACCUCGCGGUCCCGGAGCGCGCGCCGCUGCGCUCGGGCGCCCUGA